AUGUCGAUGCCAGAUGACUUUGUGAUAUUUCCUGCUGAAGGAAAGAUUUCCAAUGGGCCUGAGGGAGCACUAGUGAGUCCCGAUUGCCCAUUUCUGGUCGCACGUCUGCCACAGCCACUGAACAAGUCGUUCGAGCAAGUGCGACGCUGGAUAAUGCAGCUCUUCCAGUUGAAUGAUGGGACACAUGAGCUCACUCUGCAGCACAUUCUGUAUGUCAGGAACAAUCCCAUGGCUCCCCCUUCCACUGUGCUGAUUGACAUAAUUGGGGACGAUUCCUGGAGGGCGUUCCUGAAUGUGGCAUGGCGCCAUGUUGGAGUUUUCAGGCUGUUUGUCAAGUGGAGUGCCAAGAAGACAACCUCUGUUUCUAAGGCAGUCGCCAGCAAUGGCACACCGGUUGCUGAUGAAGAUCCUGCAGUGACAGAUGAAUCUGAUGAUGAUGGCAGCUGGCCAACUUGCAAGCAUGAUAAACCUUGCACCAUUGAAACUUCAUGGGACCGUCAAGACCCAGGGAGAAGGUUCUACCGCUGCCCUCUCUUCGCGGAUUCAAAACAGGACUGUGGUUUCACCCAAUGGCUGGACAGGAAGUUCCCUGAGAAGGCGAUUGAGCACAUGAACUACCUCACGGACAAGGUUGAUUCACUCGAGCAGCAGGUUGACAACCUGAAGUGCGAGCUCGAGGAACUUCGUCAUCGUCGCCAGAAAAGGUCGAUCGCAGAAGCUGUUGUCAGUCAUGGAGACAAGUGCCCAUGUGGCAAGAUCCCUUGCGAUGUAGCUUGUUGCAAUCAGGAUGUAAAGCCACGCCCAAGCCAGAUUCGUAGAUUGGCCAACGCCAAUUAG